AGUGCCCUCGAUGGUUUGACACCUCUAUGGUACUGCUAUUGAUUUUCGUAAAAAUAAAAAAGUUUCCCAAUAGGUCUCUUAAAACUAGGGUCCAGCCGAGCCCUAUUUAGUUUUUGUAUUUAAAUGCAAUUGUACACAAAGCGAACAUAAUUCCUCAGAAUGGGUGACAACGAGCAGAAGGCCCUGCAGCUGAUGGCUGACGCCGAGAAGAAGUUGACACAACAAAAAGGAUUUCUGGGCUCUCUUUUCGGAGGCUCAAACAAGGUUGAAGAUGCCAUCGAGUGCUAUCAGCGUGCUGGCAACAUGUUUAAAAUGUCAAAGAACUGGACAAAGGCUGGCGAAUGUUUUUGCGAGGCAGCCACUUUGCACGCCCGCGCUGGGAGUCGCCAUGAUGCAGGCACCUGCUAUGUGGAUGCCUCCAACUGCUACAAAAAGGUUGAUGUUGAGAACGCCGUCACCUGUCUGAUGAAGUCCAUAGACAUUUACACGGACAUGGGUCGAUUCACGAUGGCCGCCAAGCACCACCAAAGCAUCGCUGAAAUGUACGAGGCUGAUUCCAACACUCUGGCUAAAUCGAUUCAACACUAUGAGCAGGCUGCCGACUACUUUAAGGGCGAGGAGUCUGUUAGCUCGGCCAACAAGUGCAUGCUGAAGGUGGCCCAGUACGCAGCCCAGUUGGAGGACUACGAGAAAGCAAUAUCAAUAUACGAGCAGGUGGCAGCCUCGUCACUAGAAAGCUCGCUGCUCAAGUACAGCGCCAAGGAGUACUUCUUUCGUGCGGCUCUGUGUCAUUUAAGUGUCGAUCUGCUGAAUGCACAGCAUGCAAUCCAGAAAUAUGCGGAGCAGUAUCCAGCAUUCCAGGACUCGCGAGAGUUCAAGCUCAUCAAGAUUUUGUGCGAGCAUCUUGAGGAACAGAACAUUGAGGGCUUCACAGAAGCAGUUAAGGACUACGACAGCAUCUCACGAUUGGAUCAGUGGUACACCACCAUAUUACUUCGAAUCAAGAAGGCUGCGGACGAGGAUCCCGAUUUGCGAUAAAUUAUUCCAAACACACACUAUCUGAUCUGAUAAAUUCACAUAAACAUUUACUAAAUGCUUUAUUCGUUUUGGAAAUUAAUAUACCUAUACAAUAUAACGACAAAUUAAUUAAAAAAGUGGCACUGCUCGUCACAGAAAAAAGACACACAUAAUCCGAAAAAAAAGGAGCAAACUUGCAGUUGAAUAAUAAAUUAAGCAGCCGCCCCAUAAAAUGCCAGCUUCUUUCGAAUGGGUAAUGCUAUCAACUCAGAAUAUUCCCAGACGAAUAUAUUAGCUCUUGCAACGAAUAAAAAAUAAAAAUCAAGCCAAAUGCCACUAUUAAUAUUAUGUUUGGAAAAUUGUGCAAAUUCUGUUAUCUGUAAUCAUUUUAUUUGAAGAUUUAUAAGAAUGCCGCCAUGUGUGGCAUGUAACACGGUUAUUUUUUCCGGUUUUUGUGUUACAUUUGUUAUAUUCUUUUUAAUUAGAAAAAUGUUGAAUUAGCUGCUGUUUCAUUUGAAAAGUUGUAGCUUCUAGAAUCAGAAAGUUUUAUUGUGUGAACAUUGAAAAAUAAUUAUAAAAAAAAUGAAUGUUUUAACCGAUUUUGAUGUUUAUUGAAUCAAGUUAAACCUCCCCCCUCCAUUGAUAAUGCACAGAGAAAAGUAAACGAGUUUUAGAAUACGCAACCUACCAACUAUAUAUGUAUGUCCAUAAAUGUAUCGAAAAUUAUCCCCCUAUAAAUAAUAUUCAAACGAGAGUAAUGAAAUCUUAUAAAAUACUUGAGGGUCACAUUUAUUGAAAAUUCCAUCUCGCAAAUGUUUUGAAAUGUUUAGUAGAUUAUAUGGUAAUUCCUAUAAACGUGUAUGAGAAAUAUUCAAAUCCAAUAAACAGAAUUACAAUAUACUAUACGGGUCAGAGAAUUGUACACCCUUGCGGUUGAAAAGCCAAUUAUUAAAUGGAUAUUCCACCAUACACAUA